AUGUCCUCAUCGUCAAGCUCGAGCUCCAGCUCCAACACCGCUAAUUGUGCCUUUGAUAUCAUGAUGAAGCGCGCUCAUGAAGGCAAUGAAGAGACCGCUCAGCAUGCCAAGCGGACUAAGAUUUUAGCGGCUUCUAAUUUGCCAGAAGAUAUCGCCAAGUCCAAAAGCGAUGAGCCUUGUCAGCCGAAGAGUGGUUUCGCUGCAAAUGCACAAGGUCGCCCCUUCCAGUUUGAUUGGUCUCACUUUGAGGGCGGUGAAUCCGACAAUAGGGGGAAUUUUUUGGAACUGAUGAGGCUGCUCUCUGAGUUCGAUAAGGUCACUGCCUCAAGAUUGGCCGAAGGGCCGCGGAAUGCGGUCUACCUGAGUCCACAGAUUCAAAAUAGCUUGCUGAAAAGCAUGGCUAGCUUGAUAGUGAAGGAUAUCGUUGAAGAAGUUGGCGAUCAACCCUAUUGCCUCCUCGGGGAUGAAACAAGAGAUGAGGGUGGAACGGAACAACUGGCCCUUUGUAUACGUUAUUCCAAGCUUGAGAAAAUCGGUGACCCCUUAGUUAUCCAGGAAUCUUUUCUCGGAUUUAUAAGCUUGGAAAACCUCGACUCCUCGGCCAUAGUCGACAGGUUGAUACAUCGCCUGGAUAGUAUCGCGCUUGACGCAUCCCGUUGCACCUCACAAGGGUAUGAUGGGGCAUCGGAUUUCAGGUAUUCCAAGAACGAGCAGGAUGUACUGCUCCGUAUUUGCAUUGUUCAAACCAUCGGCUGA